AUGUUGAACUCACUAGUGUGGUUUUCAGUUUCGUUGAUGAGUUUUGCGGAGGCUCAAGGAUCGCGAUCCUAUCUACCGCCACUAGCGAAUACGGCCAUGGAGCCCAUUAUAACCAAACAGUUUUAUAGUAUUUCACCAGUCGAAGAUCCCGAGGAUUUUGAGCCAAAAACGAAGCAUUUAGUCAUCGGACAGCCACGCAGGAACUACCGAGUGAUUUUCAUACGAGCUCCGGCGGGAAACAGUGAUCAAGUGAAGUAUACGGCUGAGCUGGCGCCCCAGGAGGAGCGCACCGUGAUCUAUGUUCUGACCCGGAAGCAAACGGAACUGGAGGCCACGGACAUUGUGGCGCCCCUGGCGAAACCCCUAGCCGAACAGAAGCCAGAUGUAUUCUUCAUCAAGUAUAAGAGCAACGAUGAGGCUGCCGCGGCCCAAAGGGAAAUCCAGACGCAAUACGAUCAAUUAGGCGGAAAUACCGAAAUAUCCGAGCCCUAUGAGGCACCCGUUCAAUCAGUGAUUGGGUCCCUCAGCGGUCCUCAAAAUCCGGCAGCACCUCCUUACCAAGCCGCUUACCAAGCUGCUUACCAAUCGCCGGGCUAUCACUACGAUAGACCCACCUCCACAAUCUUAGCGCCAGUGGAACGAUCCAACUGA